UCGAUCUCUGUAGCAAAAUUUCUAUCACACACACAUAUACAUACACACACAAAAUUAAAAUAAAAAAUAAAAAAUGGAUAGUGGUGGUGGUGUAGUGAAAGGAUCAUUAUCAUAUGGAUCAAUAGAUGAGUUCUUGAAAGAGUGUUCAGAAUCAGGUGACUGUGCAUACAGUGCAUUAAGAUCAUUAUUGGAGCGACUUGAAAACCCGGAUACCCGGAUUCAAGCUCGGAUCUUUUUUGCAAAUUUACAGAAAAGACUUGAAAGCGAUGGUGUUUCCCCACAACAUUGUCUUGAUACUUAUCAUUUCCAAAUCCAAGAUAUUUAUCUUGAACAAUCUAAUGAAGGUUACCAGAAAAGAAGAAAGUUAACAAUGAUGGUGAUACCCAGCAUCUUUAUGCCAGAGGACUGGUCCUUUACUUUCUACGAGGGGUUAAAUAGACACCCGGACUCUAUCUUCAAGGAUAAGACGGUUGCUGAGCUUGGUUGCGGAAAUGGAUGGAUAUCAAUAGCCAUUGCUGAGAAGUGGUUGCCUCUUAAGGUUUAUGGCCUUGACAUAAAUCCACGAGCAGUAAAGAUUUCAUGGAUAAAUUUGUAUUUAAAUGCUUUGGAUGAAAAUGGUCAGCCUGUCUAUGACCACGAGAAGAAAACUUUGCUUGACAGGGUAGAGUUUUAUGAAUCUGAUCUACUAUCUUACUGCAGAGAUAACAAGAUAGAGCUUGAACGGAUUGUCGGAUGCAUACCACAGAUUCUUAAUCCAAAUCCAGAUGCAAUGUCAAAGCUGAUUACAGAAAAUGCCAGUGAAGAGUUUCUGCAUUCACUUAGUAACUAUUGUGCACUUCAGGGUUUUGUUGAGGAUCAGUUUGGUUUAGGUCUUAUUGCUAGAGCAGUUGAAGAAGGAAUUGAUGUCAUCAAGCCUAUGGGAAUCAUGAUCUUCAAUAUGGGAGGCCGUCCAGGUCAAGGUGUUUGCAAACGCUUAUUUGAACGUCGUGGGCUUCGUGUUAACAAGCUGUGGCAGACCAAAAUUCUUCAGGCAUCUGAUACAGACAUUUCAGCCUUGGUUGAAAUUGAGAAGAAUAAUCCACACCGUUUUGAGUUCUUCAUGGGACUUGUUGGAGACCAGCCAAUAUGUGCCAGGACAGCAUGGGCCUUUGGAAAGGCUGGUGGGCGGAUUUCUCAUGCUUUAUCUGUUUAUAGCUGUCAGCUUCGACAUCCUAAUCAGGUUAAGAAAAUUUUUGAGUUUCUCAAAAAUGGGUUUCAUGACAUCAGCAAUUCCUUAGAUUUAUUUUUUGAAGAUGAUUCAGUUGCCGAUGAGAAGAUCCCUUUUCUAGCAUAUCUUGCCGGUGUCUUGAAAGAUAACUCUCGCUUUCCUUAUGAGUCUCCAAUCGGAAGCAAACGGUUCCGUGAUCUUAUUGCAGGCUUUAUGAAAACAUACCACCAUGUCCCACUUAGUGCUGAUAAUGUUGCUAUAUUUCCUUCAAGAGCUACUGCUAUUGAGAAUGCCUUGCGUUUGUUCACUCCGCGUCUUGCCAUUAUUGAUGAACAUCUAACCCGACAUCUACCCAGGCAAUGGCUAACAUCACUAGAAAUGCAGGAAAAAAAGGACAACAAAAGGUCGACAGAUGGAAUCACUGUUAUUGAAGCACCUUGCCAGUCAGAUUUAAUGAUUGAGCUGAUAAAAAAGUUAAGGCCACAGGUGGUGGUGACAGGGAUCGCUCAGUUUGAGGCUGUUACUAGUUCAGCUUUUGAGCACCUUUUACGUGUAACAAGGGAGAUUGGGUCUCGUCUUUUCAUAGACAUAUCUGACCAGUUUGAGCUUUCCAGUCUACCCAGUUCAAUUGGAGUCUUGAAAUAUUUAGCUAGGACUCCACUGCCUUCUCAUGCAGCCAUAAUAUGUGGCUUGUUGAAAAAUCAGGUUUAUACAGAUCUUGAAGUAGCUUUUGUGAUAUCAGAAGAACAAACUGUCUUUGAUGCAUUGUCAAGGAGUGUGGAACUCUUGCAAGGCAAUACUGCCCUUAUUAGCCAAUAUUAUUAUGGCUGUCUUUUUCAUGAGCUUCUAUCUUUCCAGCUUCCUGAUAGACAUCCUCCUGCCGAGAGAGAAGCCGAAGAUGUAAAAUCUAGUGAGAUGAUAGGAUUUUCAAGCUCUGCAAUCUCAGUUCUGAACCAAGCAGAACUAUCUGUUAGAGAUACUGACAAAUCUUUCUUAAUUCACAUGGAUGUGGAUCAAGUAUUUUUACCUACACCAACCCCAGUCAAGGCUGCUAUUUUUGAAAGUUUUGCAAGGCAAAAUGUCACAGAAUCAGAGUGUGACAUCACUCCCAGCCUUAAGCAAUUCAUCAAGAAUUCAUACAACUUCUCAGUUGAUCACACUGCAGAAUUCAUAUUCGCAGACUUCCCAUUGGCCCUUUUCAAUAAACUAGUUCUCUGCUGCAUUGAAGAAGGUGGAAGCCUAUGUAUACCGAAUGGAUCAAAUGGCAAUUAUGUAUCAUCUGCCAAGUUCUUAAAUGCUAACAUCGUGCCUAUCCCUACACAGGCUGAAGCAAGUUUUAAAUUGACAGAAAAGCAACUUAUUAGUGUAUUGGAAACUGUUAGUAAGCCGUGGGUCUAUAUUUCUGGCCCGACAAUAAACCCAACAGGGCAGCUUUACAGCAAUGAAGAAAUUAAAAGCUUGCUGACAGUCUGUGCUAAAUUUGGUGCACGGGUUAUAAUUGAUACUUCAUUCUCUGGAGUGAAAUUUAACUCUAAGGGCUGGGUUGGUUGGAAUUUAGAUGCAACUUUAGCAGGAUUAGCUGGAAAACCGUCUUUCUGUGUGUGUUUACUUGGAGGCUUGUUUUUUAAGAUGCCUACAGGUGGCCUUGCAUACGGCUUUCUUGUUCUGAAGCAAGGAUUUUUGGCUGAUGCAUUUCACAGUUUCUCGGGACUGAAUAAACCUCACAGUACCAUUAGGUAUACUGCAAAGAAGUUGCUGGAUCUUAGAGAGAUGAAAACUGAUUUAACAGUUGCUGAUGAAGGACAGGGGAAAGUGCUGGCUGAUAGAUUCAAACGCUUAAAAGAGACACUCGAGAGUUGUGGGUGGGAAGUAAUAGAAGCUCGUGGAGGUGUUUCUGUAAUUGCAAAGCCAUCUGCUUAUUUUGGCAAAUGCUUCAAACUUGAUAAAGAUGGUUCUACAUGGGAAGCCAAACUGGACGACACCAACAUCCGAGAAGCAAUGUUGAGAGCCACUGGAUUAUGCAUCAACGGGCCAUCUUGGACAGGAAUUCCAGGCUAUUGUCGUUUCACAUUAGCCCUGGAAGAUAUUGAUUUUGACCAAGCUUUGGAUUGCAUCGUCAAAUUCAAGCAAAUUGUCAACUAACUCUGAUGACUUUUACAUUGAUGGCAAUCAACAAUCUUAUUAUUUGCUUUUGCGACUUAAUUGUCGUGAAUUAAGCCAUUCAUGUUCAUGUUACUGAACUACUGUGAUUUUCAACAAGUUUCAAGUGUUGUAUACACAUUUUCAUUUUGAGCACAUGUAUAAGACUACUUAAUGGAUAUUAUUCUAUACAAGCAUUUCCAAUUAA